AUGAUUGCUCAAGCUUUACUUUACAUUUUAGCAAUUGUUGUUCUACUCGUUGCUUUUGUUUAUUUCAAAUUGGUUCGUAGACAAAAACAAUUGUACGAUGCAUUCCGCGUGCAAGGUAUCAAAGGUGAACCAUUCGUACCGUUAGUUGGUCAGAUUCUUGAGUUGAGUAAACAGCGUGACAAUGAUACAUCCGUAGUUUAUUUUCAAGAACUAGCUAAAAAACAUGGAGACGUCUUUUUGUUCGGUUUUGGUCCAUUGACACGAUUGAUGUGCAACGAUCCUGAUCUACUUGCAGAUGUAUUAAGUCGAACUAAUUCGGUAAAUUAUGAAAAACCAUUGGAUUUCAAAUUGGUCUUCGAAACGCUGAUGGGUUCACAUAGUCUGUUGGUAGCUGAAGGCAACGAACAUGAACGUGCACGUCGAAUGAUCAAUCCUGCAUUCCAUCACGUCAAUCUGAAGUCGAUGAUUUCGAUAAUUACAGAUCAAACAGCAAAAGCAAUAGCAUCACUGACUACUAAUAAAGAACACGAAUCGAAACCUGUUGAUUUACAAAUUGAGUUCAACGCGCUAACACUAUCGAUUAUCGUCUCCAGUGCAUUUGGUGCAGAUUUUGAAACUAACACGAAUGCGAAAGAAAUCUUUUGCGGGAUAUUGGCUGAGCUACUUGACGCUAUUGAAUAUCGGUCUAUGCGAAUGAUAAAUCAGAUACCUUUUCUUUCCAAAUUACCGUUUUGGCGGAAAAACCUUAUAGAUUCGGGUGUUCGAACAAUCGGUGCUUAUGUUGACCAAAUCAUCGCUGAUCGUCGACAGGGACGUUCAGCUAGCUUGUGUUGCGGUGCUGAUCUGUUAGAUUUGUUACUUUCAGCUGUCGAUGACGACGGACAAACACUGACUGAUCAAGAAAUCAAAGAGCAAUCUCUUACUUUCGUUCUCGCCGGUAGUGAAACAACAGCGACUCUAAUGGUAUGGAUACUGUACGUUCUAAUGACACAUGAAGAUGUACAGCAAGCGUGUCGCGAAGAAGUGGAUCGAAUCUUACCAAAUGGCAUCCAACCUACAGAUGAACAUCUGUCACAAUUGAUGGUAUGUGAAGCCGUGAUCAAUGAAACACUUCGGCUCUAUCCAGCAGCACCAUUUUUUGUGCGCCAGGCCGUACACGAUCAUGUUAUCGGUACUGAACGUCAAUUACAUAUUCAAACUGGUUCAACUAUUGUUAUCAAUACAAAUGUUCUUCAUCGUCGUGAUGAUCUUUGGCCCCGACCAAAUCAAUUUGACUAUACUCGAUGGAUGCGCGAUCCGAAAACUGGCUUGAAACCAAAACUGUCACAUCCUUACGCUUAUCUUCCGUUUGCAGCUGGUCCACGAAACUGUAUUGGACAAAAUUUUGCAUUACUCGAAGCAAAACUUAUCUUGGCAAUGUUAGUCCAGCGUUGUACUUUUCAAAUGACGUCAGGACAGAAGAUUGCACCUGAUGUAAAAAUAACAAUGCGUGCAAAAUAUGGAUUAUGGGCGAAAGUUAGUCAACGUCAAAUAUAA